ACUUCGGGAUUGCACUAGCUUGUGAAACCGUUUCGGUCGUCCAGCCUUACCUCCUCCGCGCUCCGCCUUCCCCGCCGGACCGUUCGUGGGGCCUGGGACGUGCCGAUUAGGUUCCUCGUUCUCAUUAAGACCGUACAGUUCAAGCAAUACUAGCUUUCCUGAGAUUUCCCUCGCGAUCGUACGGUGGUGGAUAGAAGAAGAAGUAGCAUCGGCCUGAUAUCCAGAUGGCCCCAUCAGGGGAAACUUCUCAAUUUCUGCAAUCGAGUUCCAAAAAGGUAGCCUCAAUCGCCGCGAAUCCCGCGUGAAUUCCUUCCCAAUCUCCCCUCUUUGGUCCACAUUAGGAGAAAGAAAUUAUUUAACUUUUUAGUAAGGCCCACAGCUAACGCUUUUUCACCGGCAGCAGCUGUCCGUAAGUACGAUUGAUUGCUUUUGAGGCGGCUCAAAAGUAGUAUCAGCUGUCCGUAACUACUACUAACCCCCCAUGCCUCUCACGGGCCAGAGUGCCGACGCGCGCCGCCAUCAGCAGCUGCAGCAGCAGCGGCAGCGGCAUCGGCCAUGGCUCUCCGUCUUUAAUCGCCAAUGGCUGUCCGUCUUCAGUCCAGACGUCGCCUGGUCGCGGCUUAUGAAGGCCGUCGGCCGCCGGUUAGAGUCCCCCAACCGGCCGGCGGUUAAGUCCGCCGGCUACUAUGACGGCUGGUACGGCUCGCUAGCCGGCGUGGCGUUAAUCUCCACGCUCAUCUUCCUCCUCGUGCUCCUGCUACGCCAUGGCUUCCCCUCGUCCGCGUCGCGCGCCGCGAAUUUAAUCGACCCUGACACCCUCGCGGCGACUAUAGAGCGCCACGGACCGUACAUCGACUCGGAGGAUAUCAGCGCGGCUCAAUCGUGGCCGUCCGCGCUCGACGAUCUGCCGCCCGUGCAUGAGGAGGGGAGUGCGGACGGGGAGGGGGAUGCGAGUGGUGAUGCGCGGGUCGAGCGUGGGCUGCACGCGGAAGAGCAGCGCGCAGGGGAGCGGAAGGGAGGAGGGGAAGCGGAGAGGGGUGACGUGGCCGCGUGUGAGACUGGAGGCGCGGGGUGCCCUUACUCCGAUAUUGUCGUGCGCGCCAAGGGUCCCCUGCACUCUCGCAUGGAGGCGGUGUGUGCAGGCUACGCCAUCUCCCAGCUGCUCUCCAUGAAGCUCUCUCCACCAAUCGUCGAUGCCGUGGGCGUGCCACACCCCAACUCCUCCUCUGCUGCUGCUGGCGCUGCUUCUGCUGGGAGUGGCGGUGGCAGUGUGCCUGGAGGGUCAGCAGCAGCGGGGGCAGGGUUGAGUGAGGAGGGAGUGCGGCAGCUGAGGCUGGCGGUGCUGUGGCUGCCAGACAGCGGUGUGUGGGAUGCGCACUACGACGACCUCUUUCAACCGCUGCCGCUCUCGCCCUCCCUGCCUGAAGACCAUGACCCAUCCCACCAUGACCCAUCCCACCAUGACCCAUCCCACCAGGAUCCUCCACGCACUGCCUCCCAUGCGGCUUCUGGAGGCACAGUGCUGAUGCUACAUGAGAAGCCGCCGUGGCUGCGCUCGCCACUCUACGUGGAGGGGAGGCUGGACCUUGACAUCGUUCCCGCUCCGCCACAGCCACAGCAGCAACCACAGCAGCAGCCGCCACGUCAGCCGCCACGUCAGCCGCAGCCGCAGCACAACCCGCACAACGUGCAGCAGGCGCCGUGGCUGGUAGAGCCACAGCCGGCCUUCCCCACCCAACGCCCUCACCGCUACUUGCGAAGGCGCAGACGGCUGCUAUCUACGGGCUCAGAUAGGCGCCCGUCACAGGCGCCAGGGGACGCAGGAGAGGACCAGAGUGCAUACUGGGGCAAGGGCGUGCAGCAGCGCAGCAGUAGACUGUUGACUUCUGCUCGCCUCCUCUUGCCGUCAGAGGAGCCUGAGGGUCAAGAGACUGAUCACGGAGAGGAGAGCAUGAGCACGCCACGGAGGCGACUGGCAGAAGCAGCAGCAGGAGGGGGGAAGGCAGGAAGUACCAGCAGUGCUAGUGGUACCCGCAGCAGUGCCAGUGCUGGUGGCAGUGCGGGUGGCAGUGGUGUGAACACGGUGACCGUGAGCCUUCACUUGCAGUCGUGGCUGCGACACGUUGCCACCAGCAUGGACGUGUCAGGAGUCAGCAGCAUCCAUCACCCCAUAUGUAAUCCUCCACCACCACCACCACCACCACCACCACCACCACCACCACCACCACCACCACCACCACCCACCACCACCACCACCACCACCACCACCACCACCACCACCACCACCACCACCACCACCACCACCACCACCACCACCACCACCACCACCACCACCACCACCACCACCACCACCACCACCACCACCACCACCACCACCACCACCACCACCACCACCACCACCACCACCACCACCACCACCUCCCCUUCCGGCCCCCACACUCCGUGCAGUUGCAUGCUGCAACUGGUGGCGCCCAACUCAGAGGAGUCGAUGGAGCUGCAGAGCUCCAUGGUGGAGUGCUACAGCAUGCUGCAGCCAUCGGCUACUGUCAAGCAGCUGGUGGAGAGGGAGAAUCUGACUCACGUGCGCCAGAGCACUGCAGUGUACAUGGAGCCUGUCCAAUCAGCGUGCACCGGCUGUGACCCCAAGCUGCUGCCCAACUGCACAGCCCGCCGCCUCAUGUGGCUCUAUCUCGCCCACCCCUCCACCCCCACCACCCUCUCCGCCUUCUGGCCCUCCCAAGCCCUCGCCGUCGCCCACACCUUCCACCCCUCCCGCCAGCCCCACCUCCUCCGCACCACUCUGCACCGCUCUGAACACUGCCGGCCGAACCCCCAGCGGGGGGAGUUGACGCCUCCCCCUAUAGUGCCCCACCCGUGGACUCCCAAGGAGGUAGCAGAGAGGAGGCACAAGGCGGAGAUAGAGAAGAAUCAGAGCCGCGCGGAUGUUGCUGCGGCUGACGUGGCAGUGAGCGUGGCGAGUAGGAAGGAUAGGACAGUGUGGCUGGAUAAGCUGGCCUCGGAGCACAGGGAGGAGGAGAAGAGGCAGAUUCGAGGAAAUGUAGCGGAGGGAGGGGAGGGAGGGAGUGGGGUAGGAGCAGGCGGAGGAGGAGGAGGAGGAGGAGGAGGAGAAGGAGAGGGAGGAGGGGAAGGAGGGAGUGUCAGUCUGAUUGCAGGUGGGGAUGGGGCUGAUGCAGCUGCUCUGGGGGGCAAGGGGCUGAAAGUGGGGGGAUUGGAAGCGAUUGGGGGGGAAACGGAAGGCGCAGGGGAGGCGCGGAGAGAGCAGGUACUGGAUUUCCUCAAGAGGAUGUACGGGCCGGGCAUGGGGGCGAGCAAGCUGGGGAGGACGGAGGGCGAGCAGAGGCGGCAGAUCCGAGCGAUGCUGAAAGAGCUGAUGGGGAGGGACUGGAAGGGCGUGCUGGAGGAGGAGGAGGCGGGGGAGAAGGAGGGGGAGGGGAACGGGGAGGGGGAGGGGGGGAAGGAGGGGGAACGGAACGUUUUUAGCCUUCUGGGAAAACGGCGACUGCUGCAGUCAGAUUUAAAACAACAACAACCACAAGAAGGCGGGAUAGACGAGCAGCACAGAAGGCAGGGCACAGCAGAGCAGAUGGAGGCGGGCAGCAUGAGGGAGUGGGAGGAUCUGAAUGUGAAGGAGAGGUCGAUCCGGUGCACUCAGAUGGAGGCUUCGGAGCUGUUCGCCCUCACCCACGCCUCCCGCCUCAUCCACCUGCAGCAGUCGCCCCAGGCCGACUUCAUUCAAGCUCAGGCCACGGCCCGCAGCGUCCAAGAAGCUUCAGAGGCUGCGGGUGCGGUGGAGAGACGGGCAGAGGAUGGGGUGAAGAGGGGGGAGAGGGGCGGGGUGGGGUGGAUGGGUGCGAUGGCGGAGGGGGUGGAGAGAGAGGAGGAGGUGGGGUUUGUGCGGGAGGAGGGGAUCUGCCAUGCGCCUGCCACCAAGCCCAUCACCAAGCACAGGAUAGGGCACCAGCUGAUCGUGGAUGAAAAUAUAGGUUUGCUCUACUGCUGGGUGCCCAAGGUGGCCUGCACGAGCUGGAAGGUGUGGAUCCGCCAGCAGCACCACGACACGCACUCCAACGACCUGCUUUCCACGCACCGCCCCUUCGCCUCCAACAUCUCGGAGGUGUGGUACGCGCUCAACGAGCCCGACGCCAUCCGCGCCAUCACCAGGCCUGACCUACUGAAAUUCGUGUUCGUGCGCCAGCCGUUUGCGCGGAUCGUCUCGGCGUACCUGAACAAGCACGUGGCGGGGGGAGGACCGGACGGAUGGGGCAGGAAGUUCUGGAAUCUGAACUUCUUCGGCCACUUGGCGUAUUUUCGGCAGAUGAACAACCGCACGGGAGGCAACUUCACCUUCCCAGAGUUUGUGCGGCUGGUGGAGUACGGCAUGCGGUUCGACCGCCGCAAGAACAUGGACAACCACCUCGCGCCCCAGUCGCUCCUAUGUGGCCUGGACCGCAUAAAGUACGACUUUGUGGGGCGCUUUGAGAACAUGGAGGAGGACGUGAAGCACAUCAUGAGGAGGCUGGGCAGGGAGCCAGGCGAUGCGUUUGACUUUGGGAAGAAGAUCCACCCAACCAAGUCAAGGGACCAGAUGCUCAAGUUGUACAGCGAUGCGGCCACGUAUUUUAAAGUGAAGAGCACGUACCGAUCAGACAUGGAUGAGCCCUUUAAUGGCAUUCACUACGACCCUCCCCCUGAGCUUAGUGAGAAAUUUGAGCCAAAGUCGGCAGGACAAGCCUGAUUGUUUUCGCAUCAUGUGCUGCGAUUGAUUUAUAACAUAGUCUGUUUCCGAAACAUCAGCUGUGUACUGUUCAUCGCAUGGGAUACAGCAACUGAGCACAUAACCCAUCUUUCCUUUGUCACUGAUCUCCUUUGUCUACGUCCCCUUUCGGCAUGAUUGUGUUGGAAAUAUCUCAAGGACUUACGCGUUUCUGAAGUGUAGCAUCACACUCGAGGAAGAUCGUAACGAGUACGCGAGUCAACGGAGGUUACACGAGGGGAUGGACAAAGAACACGAAAGGACUCGAAGGAUCGCAACCGGAGGUUGCGACUGACCGUUACAGCAGCGCGGAUGGUAACCGAAGCGACAAUCGAGUCGCUGUGCGACUCGAUAACCGCUCCUGCAACUGUAUUCUACAACUGCUUUACUUUCCUAUUUUCUAUAUAUUGCUGUAUGCUUGUUUUUCUUAAUCAAUC